CAUAUUUUUGACAUUUGUGACCUUUACAACAAAUACCUGCUGCAUUAAAUAUGAAAAAGAAAUAUCACUGCUGUAUUCCCGGGUGUCUGACGUAUGACACUUUGGACAACUUUGUACAAUUGCCAUCCGAAACGGAAUGGCGUAACAAAUGGUUAUCGGUAAUACCGAGAAAAGACUGGAUAGUGACAAACUCAACUGUCGCAUGUUUCAAACACUUUCAAAGUGGAGAUUUUCUUGUCAGAAUCUCAACGGCGGGGGAUAAAGGCAAAGAUCAAGUCACCUCCUCAACUCUUUGCAUUAAAUGGGGCACCGUUCCUAAGAUCUUCCCAAAGAAACCUCAGAAUCCACCCGUCGGCGAGAAAUUAUGCCCUUGUCCAGAGGUGUUCGAAGAUUUGGAGAAAGAAGAGUUCAUCGAUUGUGUGGUGGAAUUGUGGUAUAUCAAACUAAUGUAUCGAAAUAGGUUGGGAGACUUGUUAUCUGCUUGGAACGCAAUUGAAGAAACGGAUAGCAUCGUGUUUUACUCGUUAGAUCUGUCCGAAAUUCCACGUAUUAAAGCUUCCGUAAAAAUAGAUAAUUUUCUGUGUGUGACCGUGACGCUUGCCGGCAAAAAAAUGGACCCAGGUGAUUUGACGUGGAUUUUACCUGUCGAUGGUAAGCUAAGUAGGUGGUCACAGUUGAAGGCGUUGCUACAAGCGUUUAUCAAAUAA